CUCUCGGUAAACACAGUCACACAAACAAACAAAAAGUUCAUUGGCUUCAAAAUGAACCCUAAAAGAAGGUAUCACAAAUAAAACGGACCAGUCGUCGCCGGUAAAUGUCUACGUGGCAGAUAUUCUCAGACGCCGGCAAAAAUUACCGGUGGGAACCGACGGGUCGGGUUGUCCCUUCCAAACCCCAAGAUGAUCAGAAUGGAGCUCAGGUUCAACCACACGAUUCUAGCUGCCGAUUUCCUUCGAUGGUCGAUCUAUUACUUCAAGGAUGUUCGAAGCUUCUAGAGGACGCUGACGAAGGUAAUGCUGGAAAUUCUCCGAUUUUUAGAAGCGGGUUAGGGAAAUCUGUUGUAUUAAAGCAAUCUUCAAUAGCAAAAGCUUUAUCUGUUCUUCGCGAUGACGAUAAUGAUUUUGGUGCCAUCAACAAAGGGGCAGAGGAUGCUGGAGAAAAUCUAUGUGAUUUGCCAAAUUCACUUUUCCAUACCGGAUCUGGGAGAACAGUUAAUAUAUCAUCUGCUGGUCUAUUUAGAGCCAAGAAAUUGUUGGGUUUGGAAGAGGGAGAUCUUCAGGACAAGUAUGAAGGCUUUGAACAUGUGAGAACGCCAUCUAUCAACAAUAAACCCUAUGGUUGGCAGAAUUUUUUGCAUUUAGAGACAAGCAAAGACACAAAUACUAUAUGGAUUGACUCUAAAUCAGUUUCAGGGGCUUCACUAAAUUCUACAGCUGGUUUCAUGAGACGUUUAUCGGAGAAUGAGUUCGAUGUGAAUUUCAUGCAAUCUAACACAAAUGAUAAAUCAACCAAACCGCCUCCAAUCAAGUUCCAGACUGCAGGGGGAAGAUCCUUAUCUGUUUCGAAUGAUGCAUUGCAACGGGCAAGGAGUCUUCUGGGUGAUCUAGAAGUAGGGAUUCUCUCAAACGAGGGGGAUCCAAAUGAUCCCAGCCUUCUAUUUAAUGAAAGGAAAACAUUUGAUGGUACUUCGUCAAACAAGGAAAACGAGUUUUGCACUCCAUUUAAUCUUCUGGGAACUGCAAGAGGCAAACAUAUCCCUGGAGUUUUUACCUCCCCUCUUCGAUCAUCUUCUAAGCAAGGAAGGUCACUAGUUGAUUCCAGAAAUGUAAUUUCCAGAAGUAACUUGAUCAAGAAAUUUGAUGAAGCUGACCAUAGCUUUUGUGAAUUGGAUAGUAAUGCAUCUACUGUACAGCAGCCUUUAAGCAACACGAAUUGCGCACCUAAUACACCGAUAAAUGAUUCUAGGGAAAGUUGUAAUGGUUCUAAGAUUAAUCAAGGAGGAAGUUUAUCAGGCCGUCCGUUGGUUGAUAUUUCAAAUAGAAUUGACACUGCUCAUACUAGAAGUGAAAAGAAGAGAUUUGGGAACAGAAGUUCCAUAUCUCCUUUCAAGAGGCCUCGUAGUUCCAAAUUCUGCACUCCUUUGAAAAAGGAUGCCCUCUAUGUUUCAAAUGGCUUAUCUACCUUAUCGUCUGAAAAUUCUUGUCGAAAAAGAGUGGUUUCUACUAAAUAUCCAUUUCAGGCUCCAAGAAAGUCUAUCAAAGAAUAUCUGGGGGUGCCUCAGUUAAAUCAGAGUAUGUUGGAGCACUUGCCAGAGAAAGUAAGAUGGAUCAAAGCAAAUAAUUCCAGUGAGUACUUGUUCUUUGAUGAAUCUGGGAUAAAUUGUAUUGGAGCUGAAGCUUUUCUCCACAUGCUGGCCCAGGCUGGAGCUUCCAUGCAACAUGUUUCUAAAGAGUGGGUUGCGAAUCACUACAAAUGGAUAGUCUGGAAACUUGCAUGUUAUGAGAGAUACUGUCCAGAUAAUUCAGCUGUAAAAUUUUUGAGUGUCUCCAAUGUUCUUGAGGAGUUGAAGUAUAGAUAUGAAAGAGAAGUAAAUUACGGGCAUCGCUCUGCAAUUAAGAGAAUUUUGGAUGGGGAUGCAUUGCCUUCAUCAAUGAUGGUGCUAUGCAUUUCAGCUAUUUAUGCAAAUAAUGAGCAUACAAUUGAGGCUCAUCCGAUGGCAUUAAAUGUGGCUGAAAACAUUAAUGUUGCAAAAGUGGAACUAACUGAUGGAUGGUAUUCGGUAGAUGCUCUUUUGGACGUGCCCCUGUCAAAGCAGCUUGCCUUUAGAAAACUCUCUGUGGGGCAGAAACUUCGGCUUUGGGGAGCAGGAUUAUGUGGCUGGGCUGGGCCUGUUUCACCUCUCGAGGCAUCAAAGACGGCUAAUUUAUCAUUGCAUAUAAAUGGGACAUAUAGAGCUCAUUGGGCUGCUCGGUUGGGAUUUUGUAAGUGUGUUGCUGCUCCUCUGGCUUUUAGGUGCAUCAAGAGUAAUGGGGGUCCUGUCCCUUGCACUUUAGUUGGAGUCACACGAAUAUACCCAGUUCUCUUCAAGGAGAAGUUAAGCAAUGGUGGAUCUAUUGUUAGGUCAGAGAACAUGGAGACUAAGAUGGUGCAACUGAACAAUCAGAGGCGCUCUACUGUCGUGGAAGGCAUUCUUUCUGAGUUUCAAAGAGAGACUCAAAGUUCUCAUAUCAAUAACAAUAGUGAUGGCGAAGAAGGAGCAAGAAUUUUUAAAAUGCUCGAGGCAGCGGCUGAACCAGAACUUUUAAUGGCAGAGAUGAGCUCAGAAAAACUUAGUUUGCUUGCCUCUUAUCAAGCAAAGUUAGAGGUGACCAGACAAUCGGACCUUGAGAAAUCAAUCAAGAAAGCCUUGGAAGAUGCUGGCUUAGGUGAGAGAGAGGUAACCCCAUUUGUGAGGGUUAGGGUUGUAGGAGUAACUAGUAGAACAUAUCAGGGAAAGAGCAGCCCUAAGGAGGGCUUAAUAACAAUCUGGAAUCCGACAGAGAAGCAGCUAAAGGAUCUGGUUGAGGGGCAGGCAUAUGUUAUUGCAGGACUUGCUCCUGUGCACUCUGAAUCUGAUGUACUCUAUCUGCAAGGAAGGGGAUCUACUACAACAUGGCAGCUUUUAUCUGCUUUGGGAUCUCAGCAAUUUGAGCCUUUCUUCAAUCCUCGCAAAUCAGUGUUGCUGUCAAAUUUGGGUGAAGUUCCUUUUUCCAGUGAAUUUGAUAUUGCUGCACUAAUUGUGCAUGUCGGUGAGGUUUAUAUGACCGCCAAUCAGAAGAAACAGUGGGUAUUUGUGACCGAUGCUUCAAUUUCUGAGAUACUAUCAGAAGAAAUAUUGAAUUCUUUACUAGCCAUUUGCUUCUGCUCACCAUACGUAGAAGAGGAUUCAGUUGCCCCCAUUAACUCUAACCUUGUGGGAACCACAGUUGGUUUCUACAAUCUCAUCAAGAGGGCUAAAGACCAGAGAAAUAAUCUUUGGGUAGCUGAAGCAACAGAGAAUUCAACUUAUUCUUUCAAUUUUGAGACGCCAAUUCACAGUCACCUCAAAAUUGCUGCUGCCUCUGCUCAGAAAUGGGCUAAGAUCUCCCACUUUAUUAUUAAUAAGCUUAAGGAGAAGGUUAUAUCUAUUAUUGGCGACGGUAAUGGUUAGACACUUGAGCAGAUGAUCUGAACAUA